CAUACAGUGCCGCAGCCAGAAAAAAAAAUAAGGAGGGGUUAAUCAAGAAAAACUUUAAAAAAAAUUAAACUUUUUUAAAGUUUUUUUUUUGGUUUAAAAGGAGGAGUCGCGACUCUCUGAAAUCCCCCUGGCUGCGCCACUGUAUACAUAUCAAUAGCUAUACAUAGUAAACGUUCUUUUUUUAUACAGUCAUCGCAAAAUACAGUUCAAAGAAGUUUAUUUUUGUACGAGAUGAGAAGCCAGCACUAGAAGGACGAAAUUUCGUUCAAGCAAGCAAGACGUGUGGGAAACUGUUUGGAACUAAACUGGCUGUAGUUAGCACCGAUGAGGAUUGGAACGACAUGAAAACAUCGUACUUUGACCGAUUCAAGAAGGAUGACAUCUGGAUUGGACACAAGUGCUCUAAUGAAAAACCUGUUCCCACAUUGGCUGUUAAACUUUCUUUGCAGUGUAUUAAGGGACACGGUCGAUGCAUUGGAGUUGGUGCGAACAACGCACACACAAGAAAAUGCAAAACGCGACAGUAUUUUGCCUGCAAUGCCAAGAACGCCUCACUCGGAAAAUUAGACACUGCAUUGGGGGAAGAUAUGAUCAUAACUGUAGCCGAUAGCACCAGUUUAAUCAACUCCCUCGCAAACUUAGAAGACUCAUUGCUCAAGUUGGCUCUCAUACCUGACAACGAUUUGAAAACGAAUUUGUCUGUCUUCGUGAAAACAUACAACGAUACUGGAAUCUUUUUAAAAACCAACAGUAGCAAUCCUCUUAUGUCUUUUGGGGAAGUGGUUUUGGAAAGUAUUAGUUUGGUGAACAGAUCGCCCUCAAUGCAAGUCGGUUUGGUGCUUGGAAAGUUUCACGUCAGCCCAAAAAUAAUCGACGACAUAAAAAAUGAUUCAAAUCAUUGUCAAGAUAAAACUUGUGAAUUUGUUACCCCUUUCGAUCCAGUAUUUACUAUGAUAUCAAUGGUGGAUUCGGAAGGAAACAAACUGAAUGACAGUGAAGUCGAGUUCGCAAUCUCACAGAAGCCACAAAGUGACAAUUUCGACGCAAUUUUCGCAAAGCUAUCCAACAAAGCAAAAGGCGGUAAAUUCAGGAUCACAGAAGUUAAUCAGCAUUGCAAGUUCAUUGACCCGCGUACUAACAAGUUAUCUGAGUACGGCUGUGUCACUCUGGCAAGUAAAAAUGGCAGCUUUCUUCGUUGUCGAUGUAACCACACAACUGUGUUUGCAGUUCUUUUGUCAGUCACUGCGACUGUUGUACCACAAGGGGUUAAGAUCACUUCAUACGUCACAGAAGGUUUAUCCGUCAUCUGUCUCAUCGUCACAAUAAUCAUUCUGCUUGCAUUGAAACAUGCUUUACCUGGAAACCGCGUGUUUUUCCAAACCAACCUUUCGGUUUCUCUUCUGUUCCUGCAUGUUUCAAACCUAAUGCACGAUCUGGCUGUUUUCAACGAAAUAUCAUGCAUUGUGUUGACGUGUGCGACACACUACUUCCUCCUGGUUACUGCUUGUUGGUUGCUAGCCGAAGGAAUGACAUUAGCAAUCAAGACAUCUGACCACGCAAUGCAAUAUGAUGGCGAACAUAAACGUAGCAACCGAUGGUUCUUCGCACUUGGUUGGGGAGUGCCUGUUAUAUUUGCUGGGUUCGCGAUAGUGUAUGGUUUGCUGACAGGAACUUACUUAGAGGAAAGUCUACCGUUCAAAGAGGGAAUUGUUACGUCUUCAAAGUACAAAUACGAGCACUGCUGGCUUGUACCUCAGACGACAAUCUUCUGGUCUACUGUCAUCGGCCCCACAGCUUUUAUAUUGGCCGUUAAUCUGCUCAUAUUGCUUCGCGUUGGCAGGUUCGUCUAUCUGAUGCAUGUUAAUGAAGUCAAAAUGCGACCAGGUCAACCGAGAGAGGGAGCUAGAGAGGUGUUCCAACAACUUAAACGAACGAUACGACUCAUUGUUGUACUCGUAUUCACACUAGGAAUGCCUCUGGUCGUUGGAUACCUGGUCGGUAUCGGUUAUACAUCAACAGUGUUCAUGUACAUCAAUGUUGUGGUGAAUGGAUUGCAAGGAGUUGUCGUUUUCAUCGUCUACCUUGUGGCUGUUAAAGAUAUUCGGCAAACGGUGUCCAGAAAAGUUGCACAAUCGCUUGAAAUGACUGAAUUAUUCGCUCAAACUGAUUUUUCACCAACAAUACAUACUGAUAUAUGUUGCCUUAAUUGUGUAUUAUAUUCCGAAAACCAUUUUUGGAUAAACAAAGCCAUUUGUGUUGCUUAUUUUAUAUAAUUUUCAUCGUAUUGUAAUGCUAUGGGGUAAGAUGGGACACGUUUAGCACAUAAUAUCC